UUGCCAACUUCAUUAUUAUUGGGGGAAAACACGUGCAUUCGUCGCAAUGAAAUCAUUCGGGAAAAAGAGUAAAAAUGCGUGGAAAGAGGUGAAAAUCUCUGGCCAACUGGCCACAGAUGACACCUUGACGAAUCUCGAGGGAUUCAUCGGCCUGGAAGUGCUGGAAAAUUAUGAUAAACAAUUUGUGGUCAAGGGAAAACCGGGAAAAUCCGGGAAGAAGAGACAAUCAGAAGAUGAUGAGAGUCCCACCAAGAAUCCAAAGAAAAAAGUCAAGAAAGGCCAAGAGAAAAGCGGUGAGUCUGAGCAGAAAAUCACCGAAAAAUCAAAUGAGAGUUCCAACGACGAGGAGGAAGACUCGAAUGUGGGGCGCUUUGUGAGGAUCUCAAGGGAUCACGAGGAAGACGCAAUGCUGACGAUUGAAGAUCUCGAGGAUUGGCAGAGUUUCGGCCUGAAAGAGCCUCUACUGCAAGCGAUAGCCGAGAAUGGGUUCAGGAAGCCCACGGAGAUUCAAUCUUUAACUCUUCCGGCGGCGCUAAUGGGUCGCCGGGAUAUUCUGGGAGCGGCCGAAACGGGUAGCGGGAAGACAUUGGCAUUCGGGCUGCCUAUUCUGAAUGGAAUCAUGGAGCUGCAGGAGAAGGAAGUGGAAAAUCCGGAUGUGAAACUGAGGAAAACCGUGAAGAUUGUGAAGGGAAGGCAGGAUCGAGACAAUCUGACGCCUCCGCCUGAGGAGGUGUCCGACGAGGAGGAGUAUCCAGUGCCUGAGCAGAUCAGGAGGAAGCUGUAUGCCCUGAUCCUGACGCCCACGAGAGAGCUGGCUGUGCAGGUGAGGGAUCACAUUAAGGCUGUGGCAGUGCACACGGGCGUCCGAGUGGUGGCGAUCUUCGGGGGCUUGGCUCUGGUGAAGCAGGAGCGUCUGCUGAGGCAGUGUCCUGAGAUCGUGGUGGCCACGCCGGGGAGAUUCUGGGAGCUGCUGAAGGAGGGCAAUGCGCACCUCAACAAGGUUGACGACAUCAGCUUUCUGGCCAUUGACGAGACCGACCGGAUGAUGGAGAAGGGACACUUCGAGGAGCUGACGCUGCUGCUGGAGCGCAUCAACAGGAUUGCGGAGAAGAAGGCGCAGAGGCAGAACUUUGUCUUCUCAGCCACACUGACGCUGGUGCACGAUCUGCCCGAUUAUCUGAAGUUCAAGAACAUGGGCAAGAAGAAGAAGGCUCAGAAGAUAACGUCUGAGAAGAAGCUCGAGUCCGUGAUUGAGAUUCUGGGUAUUUCGCAGCCCAAAGUCGUGGACGUCACGAAGGCGAGCGGCACAGCGGAGCACUUGACAGAGUGCAGGAUUGUGUGCUCUCUCACGGAGAAGGAUUACUACCUGUACUACUUCCUGCAGUGUCAUCCUGGGCGUACAAUUGUCUUCUGCAACUCCAUCGAUUGCGUGCGUCGGCUGGCGCACCUGUUCAGCCUGCUCCAGUGCCGAUCUCUGCCUCUGCACGCCAGCAUGGCGCAGAAGCAGCGCCUGAAGAACCUCGAGCGCUUCCGUGAUGACGCCGAGGGGCUCCUGAUUGCUACAGACGUGGCCGCCCGGGGUCUAGACAUCCCGAAUGUGCAGCACGUGAUUCACUAUCAGGUGCCCAGAACGUCUGAGAACUACGUCCAUCGCUCUGGACGAACAGCGCGGGCCUCCAGAGAAGGCAUCACGGUUCUCCUGAUGGAGCCCAGCGAAGUCGAGUGCUACAGCCGGCUGUGUCGCACUCUGGGGCGCAGCGAGGAUUUGCCGGUGUUCCCAAUCAACCAGCGCCUGCUCACAGCGGUGAAGGAUCGCGUGAUCCUGGCCAGACAAGUGGACGAGAUGGAUCUGCGCGAGAGGCGCACGCAGAAGGAGGUGGGAUGGCGCGAAAAGGCCGCUCGUGAGAUCGAUAUGAUACUGAGCGAGUCGGAUUCCGAGGCGGAAGAUCACAGAGUGGAGAGAAAGCAGCGACAUGAGCAGGAAAAGAAGGCGCUCAAGGAGAAGCACCAACAACUGAGCAAGCUCCUCGCCAAGCCGCUGUUUCCCAAGGGAUACAGCUAUAAGUAUCCCACAGCGGCUGGGCGGCUGGAAAUGCCCGCGAUGCGCGGUCAGGAUGCUGUGGAUGUGAUGAAGGCGGCCAUCCAGAGUGGGAAGGAAUCGUCGAAGGUCAUCAAGAAGGCGAUGAAGCCGAAAAGGAAGAAGGUGCAGCAAAAGAAUCAGCAGCAGAAGAAGAAAGAUUGAGGGAUUUUUGUACAUGAUUGGUGUAAUAAAAUAUGAUGAAAAUUAA